GUGUUCGUCGGCGGCGGUAAAAUCGAUAGCGGCGCGGCGGAUAGUGCGCGAACAUCGUGAGCGACGCUCGUCGUCGUCGACGCCGUCAUCGUCGUCGUCGUCGUCGUCGUCGUCGUCCAAGUGUCGGAGUCGAGCGUCAACCGGAGCCCCCAGUCCAGAAUCCUCCAUCCAGUCGACCGGAUGCCGAUUACGCGAGCGCGUUCGCCGGUAGUCGAGCGUCGUUCGCGGUAGUCUCCGUGUGCGCGAUUAUCACAGAAUACCGUAUAUACACAUAUAUAUACACGUAUCGAGUAGUAGCGUAGGUUCUACGAUAGCAAUAUCGUACGCCGGUCCCCAGGUGCGCCAAGGAGCGGGCCAGGAAACGUAAGGUGCCGACGCGAGCGGACGCGCGAGCCGCGCGCGUCCGCGCGGAGGUUAUGUGUCGCGGCGGCGCGUCCCCUGCGGCGCCGAGUACGCGGAGGAAGCCGGGGUCCGCGGUCCGCGGAGCCGCGAGUGACGACGAGGCGACGCGCUGAGGCGCGCGGACAUGUCGGCGAUGUCGUGGGGCACGGCCGCGGCCGGCCCGUGGCGUAGAAAAACGCGCGCUCCCCUGCCGCUGCUCUUGUUGCUGCUGCCGCUGGUCGUCCUGGGCCUGCUGUCGGACCCCGUCGUCGCCGAGAGGAGCAAGAAGUACCAGAUGAGCGACAUCUGCAAGAAGUACUUCCUGCGGGACCUUUACAGGAAGAUAGACGGCGCCGUUCUUACGUCGCAAAAUGAGAGGGAGCUCGAUUGCGCCAUUACUUUCCAGACUCACAGCAUCCUCCAACGUUUCAUGCUCCGAUUCGAUCAGCUGCAGCUAGACUGCAACGACCAUCUCUACAUCUACGAUGGCGCACACGCGGUCGGCAGUUACAAGGCAGACUUAUCCUGCAGAAACACGAAGCAGACCGUGGGCGCGAUUUACACGCGCACCAACUUCGUGACGUUGAAAUACGUCACCGACGCCUGGGGCACCAACGCGAAUGGCUUCCGCCUCGUCAUCACGGCCGUCAAGGAUCCGAAGCACACCUGCAAGGAUUUCCGAUGCACUCAGAAUGAAUUUUGCAUCGAGACGGAUCUGCUUUGUGACGGCGUGAAUCACUGUGGUGACGGAUCUGACGAGGCCACCUCUACCCUCUGUGCCAACUCCGAGGCAUCGACGAUCCUAGGCAUGCAGACUACUUGGUUCGCCAUCGCUCUUGUUUUUCUGAUACUCAGCAUGGGCGGUCUGGUAACGGCGGCGGUUCUCUGCUUUUGCAAGCAGCGCGUUCCUACCCCGAGGCACCCCCAUAACGCGCACAACGCUCAGUCUCAUCCCCCAGUCAGCUUCCCAUGGAUUCCGAGCUUGUCGAGGUUCGUCGAGUACGUGACGUCGCUGAAUCGUUGCGGCAUUUCGCCUGCAACGAUCAACCAAUCGUUGCAGCGACCAGUUCCCACCAGACAGUCGCCUGGAAUCAUACGCAGACGUUUCUUCGCGCGCUACCGUGGUCAAGGUGACGCUCCUAACGGAUACGAGAUGACGAUCGCCAACCGGAGUGGUUAUCUGCCAAUUUGGAGAAUUCUUAUGAUUCUCCUCGUGGUCUGCGAAUUCACCGUAGCUACGAAUACGCAGACCUUUGUCGUAAGCAAUACGCUAGACGAUGAGCUCGGUAAGGACUACUUCGUGGGACCGUGUCUAGUGAACACUAAUCAAACCUGUCCCGACGAAGAAGUGACGUUCUUCCUCUACACGCAAUACAAUCCGGAAGAAGGGCAACAACUUCUAGUCAACGAUACGAGUUCGAAUCUUGCCGACACCAACUUCGUGGCGGCGAUACCUACGAAGAUUAUCGUGCACGGUUACAAUUCGGACAUGCAACUGGGAUAUUUGGUGGAUAUCAGAAACGAGUAUUUGAAGAGAGGCAAAUAUAAUCUCAUAGCGGUCGAUUGGCAUCGUCUGGCGACGGCGCCAUGUUAUCCCAUGGCCGUCCACAACGUGCCUCACGUGGGCGAUUGUCUGGCGCAGCUGAUCGAUCGUCUCAGAGACUACGGUGCCGCGGAUAUUCACGUAAUCGGUUUCAGUUUGGGUGCACACGUGCCGGCGUUUGCCGCCAAUGUGCUGCGUCCAUAUCAGCUAUCGAGAAUUACCGGUCUCGACCCGGCGAUGCCGCUCUUCAUCACUGUUAAUAAGGACGAGAAGCUCGAUGAGAGUGAUGCCGAAUUUGUCGACGUGUUGCACACGAACGCCUUUAUUCAGGGCAAGAUCGAACCGAGCGGCCAUAUCGACUUUUACAUGAACGGCGGGGUCAACCAGCCCGGAUGCUGGGAGCAUGGAAAUCCAUUCGGAUGUAAUCAUCACAGGGCAGCGGAAUACUUUGCCGAGUCGAUCAAUUCGAAGAUCGGUUUCUGGGGCUGGCCCUGUUACGGAUUCGUGGCUUAUCUGCUGGGUCUAUGCCCGCCCAGACAUCCCGCGGUGCUGAUGGGCGAGGAUGUCAACAAGAGAUAUCGGGGCUUUCAUCUGGUGAAGACGAAGGCGCAGAGUCCGUUCGCGGAGGGGAUGUUCACGGUAGAGGAUCUUUACCAGCAGGAUCUUUAUCAGUGAUUGCAUGCGAGCAAUGUCGAUGGUUCUUCCCGGAGAAAAUGUUAUGACGAGAUCGCGAGAGAUCCUGUGGACGAAACGCGAGGAAAGGGAUGCGAAAAUGUAAGACUCUUCGUAUUAACGAAGACGACGUCGCGUUUCAGGAAGAUUGAGAUAUCUCGGUGAUGCCAAGCUUUGUCGAAUGAAUAUUGUAAGUCAUUCAACACAAUUUUGAGAAACGAACUCUGAAUAGAAUAUGUCCGAAUUUAUUUGGAAAAAACGUUUGAAUUAAUUUAUAUAUUAUAUAUAUGUCUAAAGAGAGUUUCAAGAGAUACACGUAAUUUUUUUUUUCGAUUAUUUUACUUUUAUAAAUAGACUUUGAUAUUCUGCCUAAUUAUUUUGUUCGUUACCAAAACGGAAAUAGAAAGUAUAUUUAUAUAUCGUAUUUUACAAUAGAUUGCUAUAUUUCCUUUCUAUAUCAAAAUUUUCUUUCUAUAUCAAAAAUAAAAAAGCAACUAUAAUAUAUCCGAAAGGAAUGUGACGCUGAAGACGCUUACGGAUUUUUUUGCUGCUUUAUUAUGGUAUUAUCCCUAUAGAUUAGGUGAAUGAAAUGGACGAUCGGUAUUGUGCAAAGUCUUACGAGAUUUGUCAAUCUAGGAAUAUGUUACGUGGUCUCGCGAAUCUGAUGCUACGCGAGAAGGUCUAACAUGUCAAGGUUAGACAACUGCUGGGACCUGCUAAUCGAUAUCUCGCCAAACCGGAGAAGUGGGGCGGAUACAAUUGCGACAUACUCGCUAACUAGAGAAUUUCUUAUCGAUCCAAUGUGCGACGUCCGAAUGAAAAGUAUUUAUAAUCGUAUCUGUAUCAAUUUAUCUGUCAGUCUAUCUAUCUAUAUAUCCGUCUAUCUAUCCAUUUAUCCAUCUAGUUAAACCGUUUCUCUUUUCUGAUACAUAAUAUUUUCACGAUAUUGCCGAGCUUCAAUAUUGCCAAAUGCAGGCUUUCCUAAUCAAUCUUGCCUCUUCUUAUAUUUAUUCCAUAAUUAUAUUUAUUCCAUAAUUAUUGGAGAUGAUAGGAAGAUGCUUACCUUUUACAUCAUAAGAUACAUAUGUAUCACAUCUGAUAUUAUUAUAUAAAAAAUACAUAUUUUGAAAUUAAAUGUGGAUCGAUGGAUAAUAAUGCGGUAUGUUGCGUAGGAUAUUUUGUCCAAACCUUUCGUGAUUUUAUCUUUUUACUUGUACUCCUUGAGAAUGUAUCCGAUAUCAGGAAAUAGUGCUAAUAAGGAAAGACGGAAACCUUAUAAACUAAUUCUCGAGGAUCGAUCUCAGGAGAAUGAGACUUAUUCUGUGUACGCUAUGAAAGACAAUUCCUGAGUUGAAGACAUUAUACAAAUAGCUUCUCGAUUAUUUUUAUCUUAAUUUAAUUUUUCAGAGUUAGUUUUGUCAUAAUUUUAUAAUUAAAUUUUCUAUAAUAUUAAUAUAUAAAUCAAUAUUUUAUUAUUUUUGGCCAGUUGAUGCAUUAUUUAUAAGAUAUCUACUUUAUUUAGAAUACUUCUACGACGAU